UGUACCGCUGCAAGCGCUGCGUGAGUCGAAGAGGGGCGGCGCGGAGGACGGAAAGUUUGGAUCGCGACCGAGGGCUUCUGGCGUUUGGACACCGGGGGCGAGUUGACGCGAGUGCGCAAAGUGGCUGAACGCUUUGACGAACGGGAAGGCGAAAGAAUUAAAAUGGAGGAAAGUGAUACAAGUACCCAUAAAGUGUCCGAUUCAGGAUACUCCAACAGCUGCAAUAGCCAGUCUCAACGCAGGUGAAAAUAUGCCUUGAAUUUUUUGCAUUAUUUUAGGUGCAAUAAAUGUUUAAUUCAAAUGUAUAAUUCUCUUUCUCUCUACUCAUUUCUAGCAGUGGGAGUUCUAAAUCUCACCACAGCAAUUCAAGUGGUAGCAGUGGCUAUGGAGGUCACCCUUCUACUGUAGGGAGCGGGUAUGUGUUCAGCAAAGAAACAAAGCCCCAUUUGAUUGUUUUCCAAUGCUUUUGCUGUGAAAGUUGUCUCUUCAGAAAACUUUUAUUUGAAAAAAUUAUGUCAUUAAUUGCUGCACCAGAGAGCAAUUAUUAACAAUCUGUUUAAUUAUUAAACAUGAAAAAAAAGAAUACCUCAAACACAUUUGUAAUUUCUGCACAAAAAAAAAAAAAUAAAAUAAACAUGCAAAAUUGUGAAAUUGCUUUGCUUACCAAGUCGGUACAUGGGUGACAGCAGGUACAAUGAAACUAUGGCUUGCCAUGUCUUCAAGAUGCAAUCGCUCCAUCGGCAGAAAUGUUGAACACCGACUUGGUAAGUGCCAUCUUCAGCAUUGGUCAGUGACCAUAAUUGGCAACAGGUAUUGUUUCAAAGAUUAACUUUAUUGACAGCACUUCACUUUCACCCUAUUUCUUUUAAAUUCCUCAGACUACUAACAUUUCAAAGUUACAUGAAUUUAUUGAUUAACUUAUUUGUUUUGAGUUGAUUACUUUCAGCAUUUAAAUUUCUAGUAAUGUUUUGCAGAAAUCUCAUCUUCAGUAGUUGAAAAAUCUAUUGUCCAGAAAUUUCUUUUAUAACACAUGUUUUGUUAAGUUGUAAAUUUUACAAAAGACUCUCUUACAAACAACAUGGCAAAAGCAGGGUGCUUAAUCAAUUUGUGCAAACAGUUUUAUGUUCUGUAAUAAGAAGUUUAAUAUUGAAAUGCUUCCCAUCACUUUACUUCAGGACUGAAGUGUUCCCUCAACCACAUGUGACAAAACGCAACAAAGACAAAGAGCACAAAAAAAAGAAAGCAAAAUCCACACUGACAAGUGCUACUACAGACCACCACGUGGAUUCCAAGAAUGUGGCUGCUUCACCUGUCACUGAAACUACACUUUGCACCGAGGGAGUCAAGUCAGCAAACAAGACAGUCAGCAAAACUACUAGCAAAUCUACUGCCAAAGUUGGUGUACAAAAUUCUACAUGUUCAGCUCCUGGGGUGAAUACAGAAACAACAGAGGAUGUGCAGCUUCCUCUGACAUGUCUGAGUCAGUCAUCCAACAAAGAACUUCCUCCAGUUAUCACUGAGGAAAAUGAAUGUGCUACAGGAGGUAUAGCAGACCCUGAGGAGCAAGAAAUAAAUCAAAAUUGUGUGCGCAAUGACAUCUCUCCAAUUCAGAUAGAGGUAAGACCUACAGACCUAGCAUUUGCUUUUUCCCUAUGUAUUUUACUUAGAAGAAUGAAGGUGAUGAAUUAGACUAGAGAUUCAAAUAUUGAUAAAUCAUAUGGAGCCUCACGUUUUUGACUUCAAACCAGGUUCAUUUGCUUGUAUCCUUUCAAUUAAUACUAAGUGGAAAUUUUAUAAAUUUUACUAUUCAGUCAUAUUUAAUUAGUUUGUUAUUGAAUUAAAUAUUAAUAUGGCGUACAAUCUUGAUUCUCUACAAUUUAUUCAAACUAUUGCAGUUUUGGUUUUGUUUCUUUUGUUAAUGUGACAUGUACUGCAAUUAGCUCUUCAAUAUGUGUAAAAAUGGAAAUGUAGCUGCAGUUACCAUCUUCAAAGUACCUUGGAAUCAGUACACUCACCUUACUUAAUUGUAAUUAAUUACCUGUAAUUUAUGUGCAAAGAAAAAGGAAAAUAUUUUCCCAAUAAGUGAAGCAGAUUGUUUAAAAAAUUAAAAUUUUGUUUGAUUUGAGCAGUGCAUGUCCUUGGUUCUAUUGACACAGGUAAGGGAAACAAUUUUGCAAUUCCAAAGAACUUUUAACUUUUCAUGAAAAUAACUGGGGUAAAAAUCAAUUCAGAUUCUCAGAUAUAAAACCAAUACCUCUAAUUUGACAAAAUUAAGCAAUGUUUAAUUACGUGAAUUUUUAAAAUUAUUAGGUGCUAUGUGAACAAAGAGAGUUUAGGAAACGUUAUUAAUGAUAUCCAUUUCACAUCAUCUUUCCUUGCAACACAUACGGGGCUAGAAGUUUCAUAACAGGUGCAUAAUCACUGUUUGCUGUUCAAAUGAUUACACAUCUUUAUAUAUUUCCUUCUUUCCUUUGAAUCCUGUUUUAUCAACAAUAUUUCAAAGAAUCUAUCAGAUAACAGUUUUCAUAACUGCAAUAGUUUGUCUCUUCAUAAUUCUUCUUCUUUGUUACUCAAAUAUUAAUCCAUGAGGUUAAUGAGAGAUGUCCAUGAUAUGACCCUUCAUGUCGUGGGCACCACGUGCCCCUGUCAUGAUAAGUUUCUCCCUGGCUUUGGCUGUGGCAUUUUGCAGAAUGAGUUCUCCGCAAUAGUCUCAUUGCAUGAUGGUGUUGUCAUGUACACCACUACAAGCAUCACUAGUGUACUGGGAUUCCCUAAGGACAUGUGGCUUGGAAGAUCAUUCAUCGACUUCGUUCACCCCAAAGACAGAAUGGCUUUUGCCAGCCACAUUACCACGGGUGUUGCAUUGCCGGUGGAGGAGAACCGGUGUAAAGUUUCACUUACAGCCAAAGAAAGUUUCUACUGUUGCUUACGUCAAUACAGAGGAUUGAAGUCAUCUGGAUAUGGCGUUACUGAGAAAAAAGUAACUUAUCUCCCUUUUCACCUGACCAUGACUUUUCGUGAUGUGACGAGCACAGAGAAAAUGGGUCUUGCUGAAGAGGAACCUGGCAUUCAGGGUUCUUUCCUCAUCAUUUUAGCAUCACGAAUCAAACCUGCUUACACCCAUCCUGAUGAAACUAAAAUCUCUUCAAAGUUUAUCAUAAGACAUCAAGCAUCUUGUGAGCUCAGCCAUGUUGAUUCAGAUAUUGUCCAAUAUCUAGGAUACAUGCCUCAAGACAUGAUUGGGCGUUCAGUGUUUGAGUUUUAUCAUCCAGAAGAUUCACCGUAUCUCAAGGAAGUGUAUGAAGGAGUGAUAAAGGCUCAGGGUCAACCUUUUAGAAGCAAACCGUACCGAUUUAAAGCUCAAAACGGAGGGUUUGUGCUUUUGGACACAGAAUGGUCUGCAUUCAUUAAUCCAUGGUCAAGAAAAUUGGAGUUUAUUAUUGGUCAAAACAGAGUAUUGAAAGGUCCUCCAAAUCCAAAUGUUUUUGUGACACAAACCUCUGAAGAUUGUCUACAAAUAUCAGAAGAAGUUUUAAAGGAAAGUAAAGUAAUUCAACAUGAAAUUGAGAAUUUGCUUAAGGAGACAAUACAACGAACAACAGAAGCAGCUAAGCAAGUGGCAUCUAAACGCUGUAAAGAUUUGGCUACAUUCAUGGAGAUUUUAAUGGAUGAGGUCACAAAGCCUGAACUGAAAGUAGAUCUGCCAUCAGAAGAACAAAGCUUCUCUGAACGAGACUCUGUCAUGUUGGGUGAAAUUUCACCCCAUCAUGACUAUUAUGAUAGUAAAUCUUCAUCUGAAACUCCUCCGAGCUAUAAUCAACUUAACUAUAAUGAAAACAUCCAAAGAUUCUUUGAAAGUAAACCCAAAACAACGCUUUCUGAUGAAUCUGGUGAAUCGAAGACAGAUGCCAAUCGAUCCCACAACAGCACUGAUGAGGAGGGGAAGAGUAUGCCUGUUGCAGAUUCCAGUCUCAAUUCAAGCAACAGGAAAUGUUGUUCUCCUGUCAACGGAAGUGGGAGUGGCAGUGGUGGGAGCUCUGGCAGUGCUGGGAUGCCGGGCAGCGCUGCAAGCCGUGGAGAUACCAGCGCCACCAACACCUCUCAUGGAUCCUACAAACCACCACAUCUUACUGAGGCUCUUCUUUGCAGACAUAAUGAAGACAUGGAGAAGCAAAUGGUACAGAAACAUCGAGAACUAAGAUCAAAAGGGGACAGUAAGAAAAAGAUGUCUCAUGAGAAACUUCAGGAACAGAACCAUGGUGUAAAGCGAAGUGGAUCUCACUCAUGGGAGGGCGAACCCUUCAAAGCAAGCAAGCAUCCUCAUGUCGAAAACCUGCUGGCUUCAGGGAAUGCAGUCCCAAUGCCCAAUGUGGCUGCGCUCGGAGGUGCAACUCAGAUGUCUCCGAUGUACCCAGGAUCUCCAAACGUUAACUUGUGGCCUCCUUUCUCAGUAACAGUCACCCCUCUUCAGUCCACCCAACCAUGUCUAGCUCACAAUAGUUUUCCUGGAGGCACAAUGGGAAAUUCACAGUCUCAUCAUUUGGCCAGCAUGAUUCCUGUCUACUACAUUCCCACUGGGUCACAGCAGGCCAGUUUGCCCCCUCGAGGCUUAGCACCUCAGGAGCACCCUGGGCCUCCUCCAACAGGCAUGCUCCUGCCUGGGCAGCCACAGUACAUCCCUUCUCAAGUUCCCAUGAUAAAUCCAUUACCCAGUAUGUUAUAUCAUCCAGUACAACCAAUGUAUGGGGCUCCUCCCAUGAUGUAUUCAUCAGUAAUGCUCCAGCCAUCAACUAUCCUUCCAGCACCAAUGUCUCAAGCUGGACUUUUGUCUGCUUCAUCUCGCUCCAUGAUGAAGCAAGACAAACCACCAAACGAGAAUGGCACUCCAAAUGGAGUGGGCCCCACGACGAAAUUUCAAAGGCCCGCCUCUCAAGCCACGUCGGUCAAAGCGGAACCCGGCUCUGCAAUGGGAAGCAUUGCUUCUGCUUCCAUUAAAAGGGCCAUGUCUGAAUGCUCUAAGAAGGACAAAUCCUUGUGUUCUCCUGGAGCUCAAACUUCAUCUCCCUGUCCUGAGGAAGACAAAACAAAAGAAGGGCAUGGGAAUUUGGAUUUUGGACCUCUGAGAGAGAUAGAAAAUACAACUGGUGAUGAGAGCAGUUACUCCUCUUUCUAUUCUUUUCUUCGAACCGACAAAUCUGAUGAGAGUAUGAAGAGCUCUCCAAGAGAUAAGGAUUUCCCAUAUCCUUGUAAACCAGAGGGUAUGAACUGGGAAAAUAGUGAACACAAGAAAGCAGUACCACAAGAGAAACCUCGUCCAAUUCUUAAGGAUCCCCCCUGGCUCGAACAAGUGAAUGUGACUCCUGAUCUUGUGUUCAGAUAUCAAAUUAAUGAAAAGAACUUAGAAAGUGUGUUGGAAAGGGACCUACAAACAUUAAAGGAAAUUCAACAGCCUGUAUUGGUGAAUGAUCAAUUAAGUCAACUGUACCUGGACAUGGAGUUGGAAGGUCUGUCCACAAAACUGAAGCUGGAAGAAGGAAUUACAUCAAGUAGUAGUGGCAGCAGUGUGAGUGGUGGAGAAGAAGUCCAGGGUGGUACUCAGAACAAGAAAAAGCGACGUAGUUUAGAAUAUAGUAAAUUUGUGAUGAUUUUUGAGGAAAAUGCCCCACUUCCUCCUCCAGUAUCACAAUAGUGCUUGUAAACCCACAGCGACGGGGACUGUGAUGAGUGUGAAUGUAGGUCUGUGGGUUGUGUGAGUGUCAUGUGUGGAAUGCAAGGAAAACUGUAUAUAAUUAAAACAGGUGAGCCAAAUUUGCCUGUGCAUUUAUAAAUUUUAGACUUCUAUUAAUAACGAGAAAAAAUAACAUCAGCGUCAAAAGAUGUUUGUGGGAAGAUAUUUCCCAUGGAGUAUUUAUUAUAUUUUUAAUAUUGCCUUUUUUAUUAACGAUAAAAGUGAUUUGCCUAAGAGCAUUUUUCAGAAAAAAAUGAUAUGUAAUAAAUAAACCUGCUCUGAAAAGGACUUGAAAUUUCCUUCAAUACUGAUAUUCAGGAGAGAUUUUCUACACCUUUCAGGCAAGUACAAAUACUUAACCAAUUGGAAAUGUAUACUUCAAUGUGUACUACUAGUGUUACUACAAUACUUGGCACAUGAAAGUACUGGAAAUUUUGUUUCACUGUUCAGUUUUCAUAUGGUUAAAAACUCAAAGGGCUUAAGAAACACAAAACUUAGUGGGCAACUUUGUAUAAAUCACAAGUUGUGAUUUAUUUUCUUUCACCUUGAAAGAAAUAUUAUGCUUGCAGUGAAGUUCCACUACAAACAUCAUUCUAGUAAAAUAAAUACAUAUUGUAAUGUUGUUUCUGUAGUCGAUGAUCUACAAAACAUAGUUCCAAAUUGCUUCUAGUCAAACUUUCUUGUCUUAAAGAAAGGAAUCUUCAGUGUUCUUAAGUCUUAUCAUUAAUAUUAUUUAAACACCUACUUCUGGUGGCAUAUAACAUUGAUUAAAACAGUAAGGUUUUUAAAAAAUUUCACAAUUUCAUUUUCCUUCAUAUGCAUCUUCCUCCAAAACAAAUGAAAUUUGGAAGGAAAAUCAGAAGAGCCAAUGUGAAAAAUACUAAUAUAGAAGAAAUUUUUAUUCAUGUUAACUACUACAGUAUGUUCAUAUGCAAGUAAUCAUAACUUCUGAAUUUGAAUGGAAAAAUAUUAGUAUUUUGCUGUGAAAUAAUAUUUUUAUAUUGGAAAUAAAAUCUAUUAUCAACAAUGCUUGAUAUAUAUAUUUUUUUUCAUGAUAGGAAAUAUAAAAUAACAAAUCUGAAGAGUAAAUAUUAUUAUCACACACAUUUGUUUCACAAACUAUUAAUACAACAUUUGUAUCAAAGCUAUUAUUUUCUUAAAAAAGAAUCUGCACAGUUGUUAUAGAAUAUGCAAAUUAAAUCUGCUAGUCUUGAAUUAGAUUAAGGUGUUGAUGUUAUCAUGGAAACCAUAUGUCUAAGAUGAUUAUCUUGUGCUUUGAGUUUGGACUUUUUAAUGUUUCAUAAUGUUUCAGAAAUGAAAAAUCUAUUUUAACAUGAUUGAUUUCUUUAAAAAUUCUUUUAAAACUAUUUUCAAAUGUUAUAUAUUUAUUGAGUGGAUUUUUAAAUCUUAUCUUUUCUUUCCUCCCAAAUUAUAUUAUUAUACAAAAUGAUUGAUUAACACUUCUACAAAGCAAGAAAACUGUCACCCAUGAAGGCAGUAUGUGAAAUAAAAUGCGUAUUUCUUGUUCUUAUAUUUUUUAAACACAACAGAGGAUUUCACAUUUACACUGAGAUGACAAUUAUUCUUGCUUUUGUUGAACAUUUUCUUUUUUAUUUGUUUCAUAUUUAUUUGAAUAUAGUAAGUUGUAAUCAAAAUAAUAUUUUUUCCAUAAUUUAAAAAAAAUCAUUACUUCUUCACAUAUUGCUUUCAUAUUUAAUGGGUCAACCAGAUCUUCACGAAUGUCACCAUUCUUGCUAUAUAAGUUUAGUAGAUUUUUGUAACAAUUGUGAACGAGGGGUGGUUUUGAGUUUUUUAUCUUAAUCUUUGACUAUCUCUUGGAAGCAUUAAUAUAUAAACCAAUGGUAUCUUGCAACAGAUAAUAUUCAUUUAUAAGCCCUUGCCAAUUUGGAUUUGAGAGAAAGCAGUAGUUUUACAAAAGUGGCACAUAACUAAAUUCAAUAAAUAAGGAUAUUCAUACCAAUUUUGCACAAUAUUGCAAAAAAUUCAAAUACUUAUUUUGGUUGGAAGAUUUCACACAUAUCUAGUUUUUACAUAUUAAUUUCAGAGACAUACAAUUCUAGAAUAUUGUAAUUAUAAUAUUACUAAGACUUAAAAGAAACAAAUUUCAAAAAAAAUAUUUUUUUUUUGCUUUCUUCUGAUACAUUUAGAUAAAAAUGUAGUAGACUUUUGUUAGAGAUUAAUGUUAAAACAUAUCUCCACACAAAGUAAAAUAUAUAAAUAUAUAUUUCAGUGUCAGUAUUUUAUUUUUCGGGUAAUAUUUAGAAAACUGAUUCAAUAUUCACAUUGUAUAAUUAUAAGCAGUUCAUUGUGAUGAUGUUGAUUUAAAAGAAUUAGAUUUAUGAUCCAAGAGACUUAUUUUGAUAACCAUUUUGUCUUAAAUUUUGACAUUAAGACCUAAAAUGAAUUUAACAGCGGAAUGAUUUCACAUUCUGAUUGGCAAUUGUAGAGAAUAACUUCAUAUGGGCUGUGAAUUAACCACUGUUCACCAGCUAGAAGUCUUUCAUUAAAUCAAGUCUAUAUGCAUGGCCAUUUUCAUAACAUUCACACGGAAAAGUGAAUUUUAAAAAAUAAAAAAGAAAGAUAACAAACAAGUUAUUUAAAAAAAAUGCACGAUUUGCUAAAUUUAAGUCUAAUUCUAAAGAAAAAAAUUAUUGAUAUUUAUGAACAACUUUUAAUCCAAAUCUCUCCACAUGUAACAAUUUAAGAAUAGUAUAAAAGUGAUCAAAUUUAGGUACUUACGAUUCAUGAAACAAAUAUGAUAUUGGAGAUUCAUAUAUAUUUCAUGAGUCUAACAAUGACCAUUAAUGCUAAAAUUUAAACAUCUUCUAAACAAAAAUAUGAGGUGGGGUAUAUUCAGAGAUUGCAUUCACAAGAUUUUUCUAGAGAAUUGUUUUUUUACUAAUGUGUAAACAUUUCUCAUCCUGCAGUAUUUGACAAUGAUGAUGAAAUUGACACAAUUUUAAAAGUGGAAUAUUUCGUUUCUAUUGCUCUAAUAUUUCAAUUAAACUCUCACUCUAUACUGCUAUAAAUUAUGUUUAAUCUCUCAAUAAUUUUCUGAGGUUUUUGCCAGACAUCAACUCUAGAGACUGAUUAGCAAAGUAAGUAAAAGAGACUGAUAAUUAAUUUCCUCUUGAUGUAUUCAAAUUUGAUAUUGAUAUUAUAAAAAUCAUGAUGUUAGUAGAUUCAGUUUAAUUUUCAAUUAUUUGUUUUUAUUAUAUGAAAUAUAAUAUUAUUUUGUAUAAUUUUGAAAACUUCAAAUUAAUGUGCAAAUAAAAUUUUUAAUUAUUUAAGAAAUGCAUGUAUGAAGUGCUAUUUUGCUAAUUUAUUGGUGUAAAAAUCUGGAAAGAAUGUUAUUUAUAAUUAUUGUAGUUUUUGUUUUUGAUAGUUACAUGUGUGCCUUUAAUGUGUAACUAAUAGUUUCAAAAGGGUUGAAAUUUAAUCACAUGUAAGUCUAAAAAAAGUUCACUGUUCUAAUUGUGAACAGUUAUGAGCUGAUUAAUUUUUUAGAAUACACUUACAGAAACACUAAUUCUUGAACUGAAUAUUUAUUAUCUGAUAAAUCUUAAAUGUGGAGACAACAGUAACAUUUUAUUUGAAACCUGAGAUAUAGAAAAAUAUAUUGUCUUAAUGACCUUUAAAAAAAGUACAUUAUUAAAAAUUUUUUAUGAAUUGCAAGACUCAAGCCAUUUAUUUUGCAGUGGGAAUUGUCAAUUGUUGUUCAUAGGGAAUCAGAUGUAAUAGUUUACAAACUUAUUGUUAUAAAUUAUGAAAUUCUAAUAAAAAUCAAUUUAAUGUACAUCUUCCAAAGGUGAUUAGUCAUGCAGAACUAGCAUAUCAAACUCAAUUACUUUCUUCACUUUGUCUUCACGAGUCAAUUUUACAUUUAAUGAAAGUAGGAAAAAUUAGGCUCUCCAGAAAUUUUGUAAACUGUUUCUUAGCUAUUUCUCUGAUCAAAAUGAGUAUUACCACUUCUCCACAAUCAGAAGAAGUAUUUGGAAUCUAUAAUUCUUUUCUAAUCCCUGUUAUAAAAAUCAUUAAUAUCUUUUGCAAAUAGUUUCACAACAAUCUUAAUCAGUUACUGGAAUGCUUACAUCUCAUGCAUAUAAAUCAACGUUCAAGUUAAGAUUGAAGCUGUUUUUUAUUUAUUUAUUUAUUUAUUUAUUUUGUCCCUAAUGAUAAGCUUGUUUGCAAAGCAAU